AGGCACAGUAUCGCGCUUAUUGCAUGUGAACUUCCAAACCUGCAUCGUGUAUCCCCAUUUCACCAAAGAUGAGCAACAAAGCUAUCACAUCAAUUGCAAAUGCCAUGAUUCAUCUAUAGGUUCAUGCGGACUGAGCAACAAGUAUUGAAUCAGCUAAAGGGGUCAGCAUGAAGGUCAAGAUCAAGAAGUGGAACGCAGUUGCGACAUGGAGAUGGGAUCUCCCAGAAGACGACGUCUGUGGUAUCUGCCAGGUUCACUUUGACGGCACUUGUCCGACCUGCAAAUAUCCUGGAGACGACUGCAGUCUCUUAUCCGGGAAGUGCGGCCAUAAUUUCCACAUGCACUGUAUUAUGGAGUGGAUCAAACAAGAGUCUUCAAAGGGACAGUGUCCAAUGUGUAGACAGAAGUUCGAAUGGGAAACAGAGGUUGGCCCAGGACAGCAGCGUGUUCAGCAUGAAGAAGUCGCGGCUGAAGCGCAAUAAUGAAGCCUUCAACACAGAAAUGAUACCAUAUGGAGGCAAUAGUCCUUUAUGCUUAAUCUUGAAAUAGUCUCGCCAGAGACAUGCCUCCGGUGCUGAUGUACUUUAUUCAUUUUGGAGUUUGGCAGGAGUUUAGGAGCCAGGGGCAUACAGAUGGGUAUAAAUUGGCACGUGUCGUCCUCGUUGAUCCCAUUGGGGGAAUUACCUGGGAUAUGACACUUCAAAGGAACUUGAGAUGCGGCCUGAGCCAUUUCGAUUAGCAGCAGCAGAAGCAUUUACACGUUCGCGCUUCUGUCAUCAUCCAUGGUUGUCC